AUGUCUAGCAGGACAGACAGAGCAUGUAUGCUCUGCGGGAUAAUUCAACCGUUCAGACGAUUUGUGGACGAUGGUUGUCCCAACUGCGAAAGUGUAUUGCAUUUCCAAGAUAAUGAAGACGGCCAAGUACAAGAUUGUACUUCACCAUCAUUUGAGGGCUUGGUCGCUUUAGGAGAAGAUAGUAACAAAUCUUGGGUUGCCCGGUGGCUUCGUAUAGAUUCCUUUGUUCCUGGGUUAUAUGCUGUGAAGGUUAAUGGUAAGUUACCUCCACACUUUAUCAAUGACUUGACUGACCAAAAUAUUAGUUAUAGACCAAGAGAUGGUAGUGCAGAUGACUAA